AUACGACACCCAGAAGCAAACUCUCGCAAAUUGCACAACACAACCCAACACAACACCACAAAAGCAUCAGAAAAACCAACAAAUACUCUGAAGUCUGAACCUUUCCAUCACAAAAUUCAGAGCAUCAGCAUUGGACAUCCAUAGACGUGAUAGACCAUAACAAUAUCAUAACCUCCCAAUUUUACACAAUUAUAAAAACCAAAUAAAACUCAUCUCCUUCCUAAAUCUAGAUUCUCUAAUCUCUUCCUUCAAUUCCAUCAAAUCUCCCAAAAAUCCUUAAUUUAUCACUCUCGUAAAAUCCCAAAACUCCUACUCAAAAUCAAAUGAUUCACUCUCCUUUUUUUCCCCAAUUUAAACCCUAAUUUCCCAAAUCAAAUUCUCCUCAAUUUCGGGAGAAGGAGGAAGAGCAACAACAAUGGCGGAAAUUCCACCAUAUUCACCUCUAUCUCCUCCUCCUCCCUCCUUUGACGACUUCACAUGGUACGGCAACAUCCAGUAUCUCCUCAACAUCUCCGCCAUUGGAGCUCUUUCUUGUCUCUGCAUCUUUCUCCUCGUCAAGCUUCGCAGUGAUCACCGUCGAAUUCCUGGCCCUUUCUCUCUCCUCGCCAAGCUUCUCGCCGUCUGGCACGCCACCGCCCGAGAGAUCGCUGUCCAUUGUGGCGCUGAUGCCGCGCAAUUCCUCGUCGUCGAAGGCGGUACGUUCGCCACUUUAUCUGCUACUUCUGUCGUUGCGUUGUUCGCUUUAUUUUUCAAUAUUUAUACUGGGAGUGCGGUUAUGGAUGACAUGUUCUCGAAAACAACGAUUACCCAUAUUGAGAAAGGGUCUUUUACUUUGUGGGUGCAUUUUGUUUUUAUGGUUGCUAUUGUGUAUUUGGUGCAUAGAGGUAUAUUUAAGGUAGAAGAAUGGUUGAAGUUUACUAGGUUUAGAGAUGGGAAUGGGAAUCCUAGUGACCCGAGUGCGAUUUCGAGUGCGAUUUUUACUGUUAUGGUACAGGGAGUUCCUAAGAAUUUAGCUACUGAUAAGGUUGCUUUUGAAGAGUAUUUUCAGUUUAAGUAUCCUGGGAAGGUGUUUAAGGUGAUUGUUCCUGUGGAUUUGUGCAAUUUGGAUGAUUUGGUGGAGGAUUUGGUGAAGGUUAGGGAUGAGAUUUCGAAGCUGGUGGCGAAGAUGGAUGCUCGUUUUGUGUAUGGUGAGAGUGAAGAUGGUGAGUAUUUUGGAGGUUCUGUGGUAGGGCAUGGUGUUUGGGGGAAGGUGAAGCAGUUGUGGGGGGAGGUUUAUGAGAGAUUGGAUUGUACUGAUGGGAAGAGGCUGAGAAGAUUGCAGGAGUUGAGAGCUGAUCUUGAGAAUCAGAUGGCUGCGUAUAGGGAGGGCCGUGGACAAGGAGCAGGGGUUGCUUUCGUGGUAUUUAAGGAUGUUUAUACAGCGAACAAGGCUGUUCAGGAUUUUAGGAUGGAGAAGCGAAUGAGGAUUGGGAGAUUCUUCUCUUUAACUGAGUUGCAAUUGGAAAGGAAUCAAUGGAGAGUGGAACGAGCACCUUUAGCAAGUGAUAUUUAUUGGAAUCAUUUAGGUUCGACAAAACUCUCACUGAAAUUGAGGAGGAUUUUCGUUAACACCCUUUUGCUAUUGAUGCUCUUGUUCUUCAGCUCUCCUUUAGCAGUGAUAUCUGCUUUACAAAGGGCGGGAAGGAUUAUCAAUGCAGAAGCCAUGGAUAAUGCUGAGUCGUGGUUGUCUUGGCUGCAUAGCUCGAGUUGGAUCGCAGCAAUAUUUCUUCAGUUCUUGCCCAAUGUGCUUGUGUUUGUGAGCAUGUAUAUACUCAUCCCGGCUGCUCUGUCCUAUCUUUCUAAGUUUGAAAAGCACCUUACGAUUUCAGGGGAACAAAGGGCAGCAUUAAUCAAAAUGGUCUGUUUCUUUUUGGUAAAUCUAAUAGUCUUAAGGGGAUUGGUUGAGUCUUCUCUUGAGAACACUAUCCUGAGCAUGGGACGCUGUUAUUUGGAUGGGGAAGAUUGUAAGAGGAUAGAGCAGUAUAUGAGUGCCUCCUUUUUGGCAAAGUCAUGUCUUUCAUCGCUUGCAUUUUUGAUUACUUGCACUUUCUUGGGUAUAUCCUUUGAUCUACUUGCUCCGAUUCCAUGGAUAAAGAGGAAUCUAAAGAAGUUUCGGAAGAAUGACAUGCUCCAAUUAGUACCUGAACAGAGCGAAGAAGAUUACCCAUUAGAAUCUGAAGGCAUUGAUACCCUUCGUAGACCUUUAAUCUCUGAAGAAGCAUUUGAUCAGUCUGCAAUUAGAAAUGGUGGAAUGCUGAAUGUGAUUGAUUUACAAGGCCACGAUCUCUCUGUCUACCCAGUCAGCGGAACAUCACCCGUCCCUAAACAAAACUUUGACUUUGCACUAUAUUACGCGUUUAACCUCACAAUAUUCGCCCUUACAAUGAUCUAUUCCUCAUUUGCACCUCUCGUGGUUCCAGUUGGUGCGAUCUACUUUGGUUAUCGAUACAUGGUCGAUAAGUAUAACUUCUUAUUCGUGUACCGAGUUCGCGGAUUUCCAGCUGGCAAUGAUGGAAAAUUGAUGGAUACCGUAUUGUCAACCAUGCGUUUCUGUGUGGAUCUUUAUCUGAUCUCAAUGCUCCUCUUCUUUUCAAUCCAUGGGGAUGUGAUGAAAUUACAAGCUAUAUUCACUCUCGGUGUGUUAGUGAUGUAUAAAUUAUUGCCUUCAGCUAGUGAUGGCUUUCAGCCAGCUAUCCUGGAAGGUGUGCAGACUGUUGAUCGUGUGGUGGAAGGGCCGAUUGAUUAUGAAGUGUUCUCACAACCUAGAUUUGAGCAGGAUUCUAUUUUUUGUUGAUACACGAGGGUUCUACUUGCAGAUUAUUUUUCCUCAUGUUCAUAAUGUAUGAUUUUGUCAUGGGUUUGCAAGUGAGUAAGCAAAUGCAUCUUCUUUUGUUCUUGUACAUAAUUCUUAUUCCUUUUUUCUCAGAAAAACUCCCAAAGUAUAGCUAUGCACAGGUUUAUAUGUUUUCUGAA